AUGCUUCACCAACAAAAUAGUAAUCGCAAUCCAAACCAACUACAAGCUUCAAAGCCAAUUCAAAGUCCACCCAAUUCCGAACAAACGCAAUCCCAAGCUCAGAACCCUCGAAGCGCUCAAGGUGUUCCGACCAAUACUCUUACGUCAGCCACUCCGGUAGUUCCAUCAGUUCCAGUUGUCACUCCGUCGCUCAGCCACUGCUCCACCUCCUUGGUUGCCAACGUCCGCUCGAUUCCAUCAACGGUCCUGCUUCAGACAGCUUUAGUGAAGAUCAUCGAUUCCAACGGAUACCUACUGUGGGCCAGAGCUCUGCUUGAUCCGGCCUCGCAGCUCAAUGUAAUCUCCGAACAUCUCGUACAACGGUUGCAUACUCGAAAGAUUAAGGAUCAUCAUACCAUCGGUGGCAUCGGGAGAUCUACGACUGUGUCUACUCACUCUGUCCUCCUCAGCAUCCGUUCCCAUUGCACCAAUUUCAGUGCAGACUUGAAGUUCCAUGUCCUCAGCGAAAUAACGCGAGACCUACCGUCCAACGCGGUGGAUACUACCAACUGGGAAUGGCCAUCUGAUAUCGUCUUUGCAGAUCCAAAGUUCCACGAGCCAGCAUCUGUAGACAUGAUCAUCGGAAUGGAGAUUUACUACGAUCUUCUCCUAGAAGGUUUCUUGAAACUGGGUCCAGGAAAACCGGUGCUGCAGAAAACCAUGCUCGGCUGGGUCGUCUCAGGUAGAGUUGGAUUGAACCAACCGCCAACUUCAAAUGUGGUUGCUCAUGUGUGCAGUACUCAAGCGGUAGAGGAUCAGUUAACCAGAUUUUGGGAGAUAGAGUCGUGUCAGUCUUCCAGUACGAUGUCCGUCGAAGAAUCGUCAUGCGAAGCUCAUUUUGCUGCUACUACGACUAGAGACAAUAAUGGUCGUUUCGUGGUUACUUUGCCAAAAAAGCCUGAGGUCCUACAACAGCUUGGAAACUCCUACCCGGUUGCUAAACGCCGGCUCCUUUCGCUGAGUCGCCGCCUCGAAGCGAACCCUUUACUCAAAACAGCUUACUCGGAGUUCAUACAAGAAUAUCUCCAGUUGGGGCACAUGCAGGAAGUAUCUGAAGACUCUUUGUCCACGUCCGCUUUCUUCUACCUUCCGCAUCAUUGCAUCGUACGUCCGGACAGUCUCACCACUAAACUUCGUGUAGUGUUCGACGCGUCUUGUGCCACCGAUACUGGAAUCUCACUGAACGACGCUUUGAUGGUGGGACCGGUAGUGCAAGAGGACCUUAUAUGCAUCACCAUGCGAUUUCGUGUGCCGAGAUACGCCAUAAUUUCCGACGUAGAAAAAAUGUACCGUCAGAUCUGGGUAUAUUUUCUCGACUGCCUUCUCCAGCAGAUUCUGUGGCUAGACAAACCUGAUGGACCUAUCCGAAUCUUCCAGCUCAAAACAGUCACCUACGGGACCUCUGCCGUACCCUAUCUCGCCACAAAGUGUCUCCAGGAGCUCGCAAACCAGGGUCAGUCGUCUCAUCCGGCUGCUUCAAGGGUUCUUGCGAACGACUUCUACAUGGACGACAUGAUUAGCGGGGUCGACGAUGUGGAAGAAGGAAAGGUGCUAUGCAGCCAACUGCUACAGCUUCUCCAAACAGCUGGGUUCAGCCUUCGUAAAUGGGCUUCAAACUCACCGGAAAUACUCGAACACAUCCCAGCGCAUCUUCGAGACGAACGCUCGGUACUCGACCUUGAUUCGACUUCUUCCGUCAAAACUCUGGGACUCAAGUGGACCCCCUCCUCCGACGAACUCGGGUUCCACGUACCAAAAUGGAACAAAGAUGAUGUCAUCACAAAACGUAUCGCCCUUUCAGAUUCCGCUCGCCUGUACGACCCUCUGGGACUCGUAGGGCCCGUCAUCGUACUUGCCAAGUGCUUCAUGCAGGAACUCUGGAUGAAUAAGAAGACUUGGGACGAACCAUUGGAAGAAGAGCUCCAACAACGCUGGGUGCGGUUUAGGAGCGAAUUAACAGCGGUCGAAACAAUCGCUGUUCCACGUUGGGUGAUACCAAUUCCACAACCAGUCGUCAUAGAGGCACACGGAUUCAGCGAUGCUUCUCUAAGAGCAUACGGUGCCUGCAUCUAUCUCCGAGUGGUGUCACCCAGUGGCGAAAUAUCCGUACAGCUCCUCACCUCCAAAUCAAAGGUCGCUCCACUGGGAAACAGCAAAAAUCAAAAGAAGAUCAGUCUUCCACGUUUGGAACUUUCUGGUGCAUUGCUCCUCAGCCACCUCUUCCAGAAAGUCCAGCACAGUUUGAAAAUUGAUCUAAACUGGAACACCAUCACGAUGGAAGACGUUUGUAGCAAACAGGGUCUCCGAAAUACAGCACAUCACUAUGCGUGGCAAUUGGGGACACGUGGCUGGCCUAGAAAACCCGGCGGACAUCAUCUCCCGUGGAAUGCUACCAACUCAACUGAAGGAUUCGGAUAUCUGGUGGCAUGGUCCAACCUGGCUCAGGCAAACGUCCAGGCUUUGGCCGUCACACAUUCGUCACACACGGCUGACGAUGAUUUUCUGUCCGAGGAUCUCGAGGAACGGUCGAUCGCUCUGCCCGUUCAGAUCCAACCUCCAAACCCAAUACUCAGUCUACGAUCAUCCUUUCCAUCGCUAGUUCGUCUGGUGGCUUACUUGCGAAGAUUUAGCCAUAAUUGCAAGCCUGCUAACCGACAGGAUCAAAUGAAGGGAUUUCUCCGAACCACGGAACUCAACCAAGCAACCUACACUCUCGUUCGCUUCGCUCAAGCCGAGUCAUUUCCGAACGAUCUACGAGCCAUUCGUUCCGAUGGACAAGUCAAGCCGAACUCAAAGUUGAAAUCACUCUCUCCGAUCAUCGUCGACGGCAUUCUGCGUAUCGGUGGCCGGCUUCGAAACGCGUCUGUUUCCGAAGACCGGAAGCAUCCGAUCAUUCUUGCCACGCACCAUCCACUUACGGAGCUUAUCAUAACCUCCUAUCACGAAAAGUUGCUACAUGCUGGUCCACAGCUACUCAUCGCAAGCGUGCGAGAGAAAUACUGGCCACUGCGAGUACGCAACCUGGCGCGGAAGAUAAUGGGCGAUCUACCAGCUGAACGCGUCACACCAACGUUUCCGUUCUUUAACACUGGUGUCGAUCUGUGUGGGCCACUCUUCUAUCGGCACGCUCCGAGGAAAUCGUCUCCUGUCAAGUGCUACGUCGCAAUAUUUGUGUGCCUUGCGACAAAGGCGGUGCACAUCGAGCUUGUAGCGGAUCUCUCGACAAAUGCGUUCAUAACUACCCUGAAACGAUUCGUUGCCCGGCGUGGCAGGCCAGCAGUCAUCGAAUGCGACAACGCUAAGAACUUUGUAGGUGCAUCACGAACGCUAGCGGAACUACACGAACAAUUCAGCUCGCAGCAGCACAAGCACGCUGUAACCACUUACUGUGGUGAAGAAGGAAUCCACUUCAAGUUCAUUCCCCCGCGCUCUCCCAAUUUUGGCGGACUUUGGGAGGCUGCUGUAAAGUCCUUCAAGAAACAUUUUAAAGCUACAAUCGGGACAACAGUGCUGCUCAAGGACGACAUCGAAACGCUCCUGACGCAGAUAGAGAGCUGCCUAAACUCCCGUCCGUUGACUCAGCUGACGUCCGACCCAGAGGAUUUGGAAAUUCUAACUCCAGGUCAUUUUCUGGUUCAUCGUCCACUGGUUUCCAUCCCAGAACCAUCCUAUGAAAAAGUGCCGACAAAUCGUCUCGACCGUUACCAGCAAACUCAAGAAUUUGUCCGACGCAUUUGGAAGCGUUGGAGCAUGGACUACCUUUCCGGACUCCACCCCCGCACGAGGUGGACUCGCUUGCGGGAUAACAUCAGCAUCGGGACGAUGGUGCUGCUAAAGGGCGACAAUCUUCCGCCGCUCAAGUGGCGCUGUGGCCGCGUGACCCAGAUAUUCCGCGGUGAUGAUGGAAACGUCCGGGUAGUCUCCGUCCGAACCCAAGAUGGCGAAUACCGGCGCGCAAUCACGAAGGUUUGCGUGCUUCCUGUGCAGCAACCAGCAUCCGCUGGGACCAACGAUCUUCUAUCCGAGAUGUAA